CUCUCCCUUUCUUUCUCUCUCUUUCUCUCCUCCCUCGCUCUAGUCCAGGGCGUCUGUGCCAGGAGUGGCUCGAGCAGAGAGGCUGGGAGCCGCAGAAGGAGCAGGACCUCCACAUAGUGACUUAAUAACUAGGACCCCCUCCCUAAAGACGCCUCGCCACAGGGGAGGAAGAGAAUACGCAAGAAGAGGUCCGUGGAGAUCCUGGGAACUCUUAAGUCAGAGGGCUAAGAGAGCGGCAGCUUUCAGAAGUUAUUCCAGCUUCGCUGAGGAGGACAGAUGGACUUCAGGGCGGCCCUCAAGCCCCGGUCGGGGCCUAAGCUGGGGUCAGAGAUCAAGACGAACACCCCGACCAAGGUGGACUUCAGGUCGGUGUUGGGAAAGAAGGAGGGCGGCUCGCCCAAACCUGCUCCAGCUGAGCCGGCUCCCAGCAGCGCACCCGCAGACUUCAGGUCCAUUCUCAAUAAGAAGAAGACCCCGGAACCCGAGAAGGCUGGCGCGAAACAGCCGGUUCCUACACCAGCAGUCGCCAAACAGGACAAACAAAGCGGAAUCAACGGCAUGAACGGGACAGUGGACAACAAAAAGACCAGCCUAGUAGAAAAAGGAGGGACAGAGAAAAAGACUGCAGGAGGGACUGCAGAAAAGAAAAUCAUCCCAGCAGAGAAGCCGAGCCCCGAGAAGAAGACAGAUGCUGGGAUAGCGGAAUCAAAGAACAAAACUGUGGACGGAGGCGUCAAUCAGAAGAAGGGUACCAACGUGGACGGGAGUUUGGCAGAAAAGAAGAGCGUGCCCAACUCUGUGGAUGGAGGAGACGGAGGAAAGAAGGGCUCUGGCAAAGCGCCCUCGUUCACACAGACUCUGAAUGAUGUCACUGUUGUGGAUGGAGAAAGGCUGAGGUUAGAGUGCACGGUGACCUCUGACCCACCGGCUGUCAUCACCUGGUCCCUGGAUGGGAAAGUUGUGAAGCCAUCAAAAUUCAUUGUAUUAUCUCAGGAAGGAGGCAAAUGCUCACUCACCAUAGACAAGGCUCUUCCAGAGGAUGAAGGGCGCUAUACAUGCAAAGCAGAGAACGCAGACGGAAAGGCCGAAUGUUCCUGUAUGGUCCAAGUGGAUGAUCCCUCAGAUCCAUCAGCAGAAAAGAAAAACAGGAAAAGCUCAUCAUCAGCACCAACAACAGAGAAUGAAGCCAGAAUAAAGAAGAAGCCAGCGCCAAAGUCUCCCACCAAACAGGGUUCUCCUCCCCAGAUUCUGCAGUUCCCCGGAGAUCUGAAGAUCAGAGCAGGAGAGAAGGUGGAGCUGUUGUGUAGCUUUGGAGGCACUGCACCCAUUACAUGCACCUGGCUCAAGUUUAAAAAACCGAUCCAGGCAGGAAGUGGAGGCGUUACCAUAGAAACCAAGGAGAACAGCAGCCAGCUGACGAUUGCAGCCAGCGACCAGGAUCACUGUGGCUGCUACACGCUGGAGUUGCAGAACAAAUACGGCACCAAGCAGGCCUCGCUCAACCUCACCGUUGUAGACAAGCCCGAUCCACCAGCUGGGGUCCCAGCCGCCUCAGAUAUCCGCAGGUCUUCACUCACCCUCUCCUGGUACGGACCAACUUACGAUGGCGGCAGCAUCGUCCAGUCGUACAAUCUUGAGAUCUGGAACUCUGUGAAUGACAAGUGGAGCGCACUCACUUCCUGUAACAGCACCUCCUACCACAUCCAGGAGCUACUCUCAGACCGGCAGUACAAGUUCCGUGUGCGGGCGGUUAACAUGUACGGUAUCGGCGAACCCAGUGCCGAGUCAGAACCGGUCACAGUGGGAGUACAAGUGGAGCCAGAAAAAAAAGAAGAGGAAGCUGAGGCGGCAGUAUCCGAUGAUGAUUCAGACAAAGAUCCCGAGUACAGGGAUGUGGUUAUAAAGAAAGACUGCAGUGUAAAGGAUUUCUAUGAUGUGGAGGAUCGUUUGGGCACGGGUAAAUUCGGCCAGGUCUUCAAAGUGGUUGAGAAGUCAACCAAAAAGGUGUGGGCAGGGAAGUUCAUCAAAGCUUUCUCACAGAAGGAGAAGGAGAACGUGCGGCAGGAGAUCAGCAUCAUGAACAGCCUCCACCACCCUAAGCUCGUGCAGUGCGUGGACGCCUUCGAGGGCAAGUCCGACAUGGUCAUGGUGAUGGAAAUGAUCUCGGGCGGCGAGCUGUUUGAGCGAAUCGUUGACGAGGAUUUCGAGCUGACAGAGCGCGAGGUCAUUAAGUAUAUGCUCCAGAUCAUCGAUGGGGUCCAGUUCAUCCACAAGCAGGGCAUCGUGCACCUGGACCUCAAGCCAGAGAACAUCAUGUGCGUCAACAAGACGGGCAGCAAGAUCAAACUCAUCGACUUUGGCCUUGCGAGAAGGCUAGAGGACUCCGGUUCACUCAAGGUUCUCUUUGGAACACCUGAGUUCGUGGCCCCUGAGGUGAUCAACUAUGAGGCAAUCAGCUAUCCAACAGAUAUGUGGAGCAUUGGAGUUAUCUGCUACAUCCUUGUUAGUGGUCUCUCUCCAUUCAUGGGGGACAACGACAAUGAAACCCUUGCUAACGUUACCUCUGCAACUUGGGACUUUGAGGACGAGGCUUUUGAUGAGAUCUCGGACCAGGCUAAAGAUUUCAUCAGCAGCCUACUCAAGAAAGAUAUGAAGGCCAGGCUGAGCUGUGCCCAGUGCCUGGAGCACACCUGGCUAAAGCAGGACACCAAGAACAUGGAGGCCAAGCAGCUGUCCAAGGAGCGCAUGAAGAAGUACAUACUGAGACGCCGAUGGCAGAAAACAGGGAACGCAGUACGAGCCAUUUCCAGAUUCAGCUCUAUGGGAAUGCUGGCAGGGAUUGGCCCAAAGAAAAGCUCCCCAACAGAAGAUAAUAAACCAGAAGAACCCCCUGCGCCAUUCCUAGAGAGUGCAGAAGAUGAGAACCACACCCCUGCGCCUCCCACCUUCUCCUUGGUCAUCCAGGAUGUGGAGGUGGUGGAGGGCAGCGCCGCCCGCUUCGAUUGCAAGAUUGAGGGCUACCCAGAUCCUGAGGUGGUGUGGUACAAGGACGACCAGCCAAUUAAAGAGACGCGCCACUUCCAGAUUGACUACGAGGAGGACGGCCACUGCAGCCUGGUGAUUUCUGAGGUGUGUCCCGACGACGAUGCCAAAUAUACCUGCAAGGCGGUUAACAGCUUGGGCGAGGCCUCCUGCACGGCCGAACUGAUGGUGGAGUUCAUGCAGGAGGAGGAAGGAGAGGGGGAGGAGGAAGAGGAAGAGGAAGAAGAGGAGUAAAAGGACAAAUGAGGAGAAAGGACAGGUGGAAGAACGAACGGACGAUUGGAUACCGUGGGAGCUCUGAAUCUUCUUAAAGCUUACACUCCUUUUCCUGCUGCUUUUGUUAUAGACACAGGCUGCAAGUCUUUCACUGAUGCAAAUAUUUAUUCACUUCUGUCUUUACAGCGCAAUGGUAAAAGCGUGAAAACUGUUUUUUGUUUUUUUUUGUAUGAAAUGGAUGUUCAAAGACAUUCCAGCGUGUGCUCGGUUUCUCAGAAUCAUCAACAGCUGAACUCUGUUUCGGGACAGUUCAGUAGAAUGUGAGAAUGACUGUAGAACAACACUUUGGUGCCUUCGUUUGGACUUUCAGUUUCUUUUGGCUCUUUUCCAGUGCGUCAUCACAUGUUUUAUGAGUCGGGUCACGCCGCUUUGACUUCUUCAGUGCCUGUCGACCUUUUUUUUGUGCAUGUUUCACUGUUUCUGCUCUGCACUGUAGCGCACUCAAGUGGUGAAAACACUUUAUGCAUUUAAACCUUUAUGUAGCCUAGCGUGAUGUUAGAUGUGUGCCUUUCAGCCUGUGGCCCCGAGGCAACAGACACACUGUUGGAGACCUAACUGUAUAAAAAAGAAUCAGUAAUCGAGUUUUUUUAUCUGAUAAUUUGAUUCGCACAUUCAAUGACACCAGAUUUAAGACUUUUUUUUCAAAGAAAAACUUAUGUUUAUGCCAUUGUGUGGGAUUAUUUGCUGUUCCAUGAAGACAUUUAGAUAUUUGUCCACAUUAGUGAGCGUUAAUUUUGUAUAAUCUGAUGAUCACCGUCUGUAAAUCUGUGGCGCGCGCACUUCAGCCGACUCGCGAAUGGUUUGUCGGUGCUGUUUCUGUUCAGAGGUUUGUUUGCCCGUUUUUAGUCGAAUUGCAUGACAAAGCAAACUGGCAUAACGAGGUGAACUUGGUGUAGAAGGUCCCACUGAAGUCCUCAUCCUUUAUUUAUGUCUUUGUACAGGCUUCUGCCUCCAUGCUGCGUGUCUCUGAGUAGUCUCUGAGAAUGAAUUAGUUAUUGCUAUAGAACUGAAAGUUGGGUUUGGUGAGUUUUACACUUUGCAUAUUAAGAGAGAAAUAGUCCUUCACACUUCAGUCCAUAUGCAGAAGUAAUAGUCCGGUUUGUGCACUAAACAUUUAAGCAAUAAGAAUGGAGACAACGUGAAACCAUGCGAACAGACCACAUCCAGUGUUAUUCCAAACUUUAAACAGUAUCACCGGUUUACGUCAAAGUCUUGAGUGGCCGCAUAAAUAAAAGUGAUUCCCUCUCUUAGCAUGUUUGUUUGUGUGUUUGGUAAGAUAACUUUACAUACAGUUUCCGAACGUGCUCUCCAACUUUGCUUACCCCCUUAAAUGGACAGGGCUCACUGGUGGGCCGAAGGUUUUAUAACAUACUUCUAUAACCUAGGAAUAGCUCAGUCAGUUUGCACUGAAGUCCCUGUAGUUAAUGAGUUAUAAGCCUUAGAAUGUAAUAAGGGAUUUGACAGGGUUAAUGAUACAUUUUUUACACUAUCAGAAAAAAGGGUACCAGUCAUUUUUAGUCCCCCAAGGUACAAACAAUGCAAGUGUUCCCUUGAAAGUGGUCCUUCAGGUCCGAUUGUGUACCUUUAAUUAGUUUCAAAGGUACAUUACAUUCACUUUCCCACAGGAAAAGGGCAUAUUUGUUACUUUUUUAUGACUUGUAGUCAGGACAGGUGUAUGCACAACAUAAUUUCAUAACUGAACAUGAAUAUGAAUAUAUAUGAAUAUGGUAUAAUUGUGUUCCCUAAGUACUGAGGUACCUUGAGGGUACCGCCUUAGUGACAGCAUAUCUGCCCUGAAAGGUAUGUUUUUUUCUGAGAGUGUACUCAGUUGAGGCGACUGAACGUGGGGUUUAAUCUUUACGACAUUUAUCCCCUUCAAAAUGAAGAUGCCCCUUGGGUGACUGAUGAAACAUCUUCAAGAUACCAGCUGCCUUAAACUACCACUACACAAUGUAAUUUCCUAAUUGAUUUAGUGAGAGUUCCUAACAAUUUGCCACUGUCUUGUUUUCAUUGUCUUAUUUUCUGACGAUAAAAUUGCUUUUGAUUUUUAA